CCGGGGCUCUCUCCCUUCAAGACCAACCUGCUCUCCCCAGGAUACCGUCUUCCCAUUGCUAGAAAUACCUGGAGGAUGCUGUUGGAAAGGUGUACCUGAAUAGGUUGAUGGAUGGUGUGAAAACCCUUAAAGGAGGGAUUGUUGAUGUCCAUAAACUGGACACGGUUUUGCAAAACAUGGGAAUGAAACUUACAAAAACGGAAAGUAAAGACUUGAUAAAGAACCUGCCUGUUGAUGGAGGAAUGGUUAAAGUCAAUAACCUAGACAAUGUUCUGGAAAACCUGGGGAUUGAACUCACAGAAAAGGAACAAGAAGAUCUGAUAGAAAAUCUUCCACUUGAUGUUCAUGGGAACGUUGAUCUUGAUAAGUUGUUGGAUGGAGUGAAAGCUCUUACAGGAAGGGAGAUUAAUGUCAGUGAUGUGGAAUAUGUUCUGGAAAACAUGGGGAUAGAGCUCACAGGAAAGGAAUGGUUAAAGCUGCUGAAAAAUCUGCCAAUAGAUGCAGAUGGAAAGAUCUAUCAAAAUAGGCUGAUGGAUGGUAUGACAUCUCUCAGAGGUGAUGGAAAGGUGCAUAAAAAUAGGAUACUAAAGGGUGUGAAGUCUUUCAAAAGAGGAAAAGUUGACAGCAGCAACCUGAAACCACUUCUAGAAAAAAUGGACCUCAAACUCACUGAAAAAGAAUUUGAAGAGCUAAAAGAAAAUCUAUCUGUUGAUGGUAUGCAUAGUAGAUACCCUUGUCAGUCCCCAAAGGAAGUUUUGUCCAAGUCUUACAGCUGAGAAUUUCUAAAACUAGAUUUCAUUAGUGAUAAGAUAAAAGUUUAAAAUAUGAAGAUACCGUAAAAUUAGAAAAAAAAGCUACAGAUGCCAACUAUUGCUGCUGUCAUUCAACAUUGUCUUAAGGGUUGUAGCUACUUUAAUGAGGAAAUGGGAUGAAAUAAUAUUGGGAAAGGGAAACUUUAGUUUCAGAUGAUAUGAUUGUGUAUCUAGGAAACACAAGCACACAAACUAAAAGAAAUCUGUGAGAAUUAUUGAGCCUUCGAUAAGCCAUUUUGGUUCAGGUGGCUUAAUACAAGAUAAAUAUGCAAAUCUCAGUGGCUUUCCCUAAGCUAUCAGUGACCAAAUAGAAAUAAAAUAGGAAAAGUAUUUGAUUUAUAACAUCAACAAAACCCAUGAAUUAUCUGGGAAUACAUUUUACAAGAAGUAGGAUCUGUAUAAAGAAAACUGUAAAAUCUUAUUAAGGAACAUAAAAUAAAACAUUAGUGUCCUUGAAUGGUAAACUAACGUACAGGAUCAGAUUGUUAAAUCAGACUGACAUGAAUCGGAGAUCUUAUCCAGCAUCAAGCUUCGCUAAAUAAUGUCAAGGAUAAAAGCCAUUAGCCAAUAAAUAGAGGUCUGAGAUGUCAAGAGCGCCAUAGUUUCUUCCUUCCCAUGUUGAACAUGCCAUGCUGGUCCAGAAUAGAUGAAGUCUCUAUCAGUCACCUCACACAGCAGGAGCAUUUAAAUUAUGAAACAUUCCAGAAAGUUGUAUAGCCUUUGUGACAUUAUCCAGGGAGCCAUGCCUCACAGAUCAUGGGUUCUAUUUGCUACCAAUAAUCCCUAGCCACAGACAUACUGCUAAGGGCAUUUCAAACAUAAAGACUCUUCCUCAUAGCAUAUAUCAUUAGUCUAUUUACCUGGAGGACCAAUUGACAAGGAUAUUAAACUGGGUCACCUUCCUUCUUUUCUUUUCACUGAGGGCAACUCCUCAAUGAAGGGAGUUAAUGGACUAUAGACCAUUUGCUUUAACUCUUUCCUCUCAGAUGGAAAAAUUUCUCUAGAUUUACUGAAAUAAAGAUAUCAUUGAACUCAGUGACAAGAACAAGGAUGCAGAUACAGAGAAUGGACUGGAGAACUCGAGGUAUGGGAGGGGGCGGGGGGUGAAGGGGAAACUGAGACGAAGCGAGAGAGUAGCACAG